CCACUAUUAACUAAUAGGUCAGGCACUUGACCUACUUGAAAAAUCAUCGACAUGGCUCCAAAAUCCUCGCUGAAGUCGGCUUCAAAAACGUCGAUUUCAAAUCCUGGAAAACGAACAUCGUCGUCUGCCGAUUCGCCUUCCAAGCCGACGAAGCCGAAGUCGAUAUUGAAACCUGUGAAGGAGCCUGAAGUUGCUUCAGAAAAAAGUGGAAGCUCGGAUGCCGAGGACGAUGACCACCUGUAUGGUUUUUCAACGGACGAGGAUGAUUCUUCCGACGAGGAUGCAGUUGCUGGCGAAGAGGUUGAUAUUGGCAGACUACCCACUGUCGCCAAGGAUGAUGCAACAGUAAAGAGAAAACUUGAGAAAGCGAAACGGCAUCCAACUCAAGACAGAGGUGUGAUAUACAUGGGCUGCCUACCACAUGGGUUCUACGAAGAUCAGCUGAAGGGAUAUCUCUCUCAAUUCGGGGAUGUAACAAGAUUGCGCAUCUCACGGAACAAAAAGACUGGUAGAUCAAAACACUACGGUUUUAUCGAGUUCGACUCAGCGUCCGUCGCGCAAAUUGUCGCGGAGACGAUGGAUAACUACUUGUUGAUGGGCCAUAUACUUAAGUGCAAGAUAAUACCCAAGGAGAAGGUACACCCCGAGUUGUGGGUAGGUGCAAAUAAAAAAUGGAAGGCCAUCCCAAGAGAUCAGAUUGUGCGGAAAGAACAUAACAAGCCGCGAACUCAGGAAAGCAUGCGAAAAGCCGAGAAGCGUCUGAUUCAAAGGGAGAACGAGAGGAAACGAAAGCUGGCCGAAGUUGGCAUCAAAUAUGAUUUCGACGCUGUCAGCUAUAAAAAGAAGCUGAAAACAGUAGCGUCAUAAUCUAAAUUGACACAUACCUCGGUGUUUCAUCUAGCGAGGAAAUAUCCUGUAGUAUUAUGUCGUCUUAUAUCUUCUGUUGUGCUUGGCUACCCUAGAGAGCAAACUUCCUCCUAUCAACUUGCAGAUGGACCCCUCUCGAUUGUCGAUUAGUUCCUGGUGCAAGCUCAGACAGUGCGGACAGCUCUGUGAGGGCUGAAUGUGGUGUGCGCUCUCCUCCAGCUGGACC